AUGUUUGAUAUAUUUGUAUUUGUAGAGGCCUUGAAUACCAUGUUCGCGAUCCAGGCCAUUUGUGCCUCUUCGGAAGCAGCGCGAGGGGUUGACCUUGGGAUGUGUUCCGAUGACUUGUUGAAGUGUCCGUGCGGUCCACAGUCUAGCGCGAGGAUGUUCAAAGUGGACAUACCAAUCAGAAGGUGCUCCUAUUUUCACCAGUACAAGAUGUUUUGUAAGCCAUGUACGAAAUACAAUAGAUCGGAAGUGUGUGGUCGUUUGCGACAUUGUGACACGUGCACCGGAAACCAGGAAGGAGGAUGUCUUACGUGUCCACGUAACAGAUAUGGCCGAUUUUGUGAAACUGAGUGUGGUUGUCUGAAUGGAGGAACGUGUGAUCAAGACGGAUCUUGUGUUUGUUUGCCUCAUUACAACGGUAUCCGGUGUGAACAUGGGAACGAGUGCAGCUGUUUACACGGGGGAAGUUGUCUUCCAGACCACACUUGUGCGUGUUUACCACAGUACGAAGGACCACGAUGUGAAAGACAAAAACGAGCGUUUUGUGGAUCCCCCAUCCUGUCUGUUCAUGUUCGAGUCCAGGCCGAGGAUUUCAUGGAGGGGAGUAUCGCCACGUUCUCUUGUCCUUCUUCUUAUGUACAGAUUGGUCAUACGAGUGCCACGUGUCUACCGUCCGGACGAUGGUCAGCCUCAUCACCUGUUUGUGAAUUCCAGUGUACAGUACCGGAACCCAGGACUCACCAGGCAGUGGAAGUGAUUCCAACCCUUAUCCACACACAAGGGACCAGGACAGUAAAACUCGUGAGAGAAGUACAACUCUCCUGUCGGGACGGAUAUGCUAUCGACGGAAUUGCAAACCUCCGAUGUCUUCCGAACGGACUAUGGAACGCAGAAGUACCGAACUGUGUUCGCACGUGCAAUGCACCGCGCCAAAUACAGUAUGGAAGUUUCCGGGGAGAUAAUUUCCUAGAGGGCGCCAGUGUUGUGUACCAGUGUGACGAGGGAUACCGUAUGAUCGGCGCUGCGGCAGUAAUGUGUUUGGACGGGAAAUGGAUGGUUGAAGUUCCACGAUGUGAGAGACGGGUCGAGUGUUCGCCACCCCGUACGAUCGCCCAUGGUGUGAUUCUAAGCAAUGAAACGAUUCACUCUGUGGGCACUUCUGUCCAGUAUGUUUGUCAGGAAGGAUUCCGAUUGGAGGGAGCAAAUGCUACUCGCACGUGCUUGGAAGCCGGGCAUUGGUCCAGUGAAGAGCCGUGGUGCGAAAGGGACACGCUGUUUACUGGACACACGUGCUCCACGCCAGAAGUCCCGGACCAUGGUUCUAUCAAAAACCUGCACUACGUCCAGGCAUUUACGGAAGAAGUUCGGUUGCUGUUUGGAUGUGAUGAAGGGUACAUUUUGGUAGGAAACCGUGAAAGAAUUUGCAAAGAAAACGGUACCUGGAGCGGAUCUUUACCUCAAUGUGUACAGGUGAUCACAUGCGACGACCCAGGAAUCCCUAGUAAUGCUCUUAGACAGGUGGCGGUACCGGAAAUGAGAAACAGUCGCAGAUCACGCCUGCCUGGUAUUCUAAGAUCGGGUUUUGAUACCCCGGGUAAUAACCGGAACACAGACUUUACACUACCGGAAGGAAAGUUUCGAGUGUAUACAAAGCUCAUUUACCAAUGUGAAUCUCACUUUUACCGCCAUGCGGGGUCCCGCCGUAGGAGAUGCAGGAGAAACGGCACGUGGUCUGGGCGUCAGCCAGCAUGUGUACCAAUCUGUGGAAAGUCGGCCACUGCCCGCCUACCACUAGUGUACAAUGGCACCGUUUCCAGUAUCGGACAGUGGCCAUGGCAGGCCGCCAUGUCCCGCCACCUCCAGGACAACUACUGGUACAUCACGUGCGGAGGUUCCCUCGUGUCAGAGAGUCUAGUUGUGACGGCGGCUCACUGCGUGACGCACUAUCUAACGGACAUCCCAAUUUCUGUUGAUGAUAUCGCCAUCUACCUUGGCAAGCAAUAUCGGUCCGAUGUUCUUAACAGCACGUUUGUCCAGAAAAGAAAGGUAACGUCUAUAGAAAUACAUCCACACUACAACCCUGGUACAUAUGACCUUGACAUUGCAGUCUUGUUACUUGAUAAUCCAGUGACCUUGACCCAUUACGUCAGACCGGUGUGUCUGCCAAACCGAUUCGCCAGUGAGAGUCAUCUGCGUCCAGGCACGGAGGGCGUGGUCACUGGAUGGGGAGUUACAGAGAAUUCAAGAAACUCAGAAGAGCUCCGCAUGACUAAAGUACAAACGACCACAAACACCGAUUGUAUGGACAAAUACGCACAAGUCGGUUAUCCUCAGACUAUCACAGAGAAUAUGUUCUGUGCUGGACAGGAAGAUGGAAGUAGUGAUGCGUGUGAGGGAGAUUCUGGGGGACCUCUUGUGUUUCCUGAUACAGGUGCUGACCGGAAAUGGUAUCUUGAGGGAGUUGUGAGCUGGGGCAGUCCCCUAGGUUGUGGUAUAGAGCUACAGUACGGAGUUUACACAAGGGUUCGAAACUGUCUAGACUGGCUUUCAAACUUCCUAUGAUAUCUAUAUCACUGUGAUGAAUAA